AUGGAAGAUCUAGUCAAGAAGAAACGAGUGAGAGGAGGCCACAGAUCGUCAGCUAAAAAGCUUGUGGCGAAGAUAGUUGAAAGGCUUCAAGGUGAGAGCCCAGACAAAGACGUACUAUGGUUGCGACAGAGCCAAACGAACUUGAAAGAAAAAAUCAAGACGAUAAGACAAUUCGACGAACAAAUAAUUGACAUAAUCAGCGCAUCGAAAGAGGAAGACGUCGAUGAACUUGUAACGCAAGAAAUUGAAGACUCAGACAACGCGAUAGCGGAACUGGAAAGAAUAUUACUCGAGCUCGAGGAUGAAUUAUGUAAAUUGAGACAAAGCACGCCAUUGUCAGUGUCGACAACGCAGAACGCCGCGGAUGCAAGCCUUAAUCAGAGUCAUUUGUCAACCUCCAGCGAUAUGUCAGUCGGUAAAAUCGUUCGAGCUAAGCUCCCGAAACUUGAACUCAGAAAGUUUAACGGAAAGAUUUGCGAAUGGCAGGAGUUUUGGGACAGCUUUUCAAGUUCAAUCGAUAACAAUGAGCAAUUGUCUGAUGUCGAUAAAUUUGCGUAUUUACGCGGUCUGUUGGAAGAACCAGCAAAGUCAACAAUCGCUGGGUUUUCUCUGACAGAAGCAAAUUAUAAGUCAGCAGUAGAACUCUUAAAGAAACGAUUUGAUAAAAAGAGCGCAGUCCAGCGAGCACACGUGAACGAAUUGAUUCAAUUGUCGCCGGUAUUCAAGGAAAGAGACACGCGAGGACUUCGCCAUUUAUAUGAUAGCUGUGAAGCACAUAACCGCGCGUUGAAAGCACAGGGGGUGAGCGAGGAAUCUUACUCCA